UAUGACAAUACAGCCACCAAAUAUUUGUCAGCCGCCAGCUCUGGGGCCGACUAUAAAUACUUCAGCCACAGGUGGAGGGCUGCUGCAUUCAGAGGAAGACCUGGGGGAGCCUUGCCUGGACCCUGAAGUCAGAUAACAUCUGCUGCCUUGGAAGGCUCCUAGGCUUGAGAGGAAAUGGCUGCUGGAGUGAUCAGAAAUUUAUGUGACUUUAGACUGCAGACCCCUUUCCAUCAACCAUUCUUACCUAGUACUGGCCCCCGAGACCCAGAUUUCCCUGAAACCUCCGAGGACGAGGAGGAAGAAGAUGGGGAACAGGAGGAAGAUGGGGAAAAACAGAUGGAGGACCUGGAGCUGGCAGGCUGUAGUCCAGGAUUCCAGAGGUCAGACCAGGAGCUGGGGAAGGGUUCCACCAGGCCAAGCCCAAGUAGCACCGAGAUGACUUUGCAACUCCUGCGCUUCUCUGAGCUCAUCAGCUGUGACAUCCAGAAGUACUUUGGCCAGAAGACAAAAGACGAUGACCCGGAUGCAUGCAACAUUUAUGAGGACAGUCGCCCACCUGGCAAAUCUGCAAGGGAGCUCUACUAUGCAGAUUUAAUGCAAAUCGUCCAGAGUGGGGACCAGGAGGAUGAGGACCCUGACAUUGUUGGUCUCCCCAGGGGCUUCGAUUGCCAGACCAGGUUCAUCUCCAGCAGAGAUAGAUCUCAGAAACUGGGGCCUCUGGUUGAGCUUUUUGAAUAUGGUCUCUGUCAAUAUGCUAGACAGAGGGUGUCUGACAGCCGGAGGCUGAGGCUUGAAAAGAAGUAUGGCCACAUCACCCCAAUGCACAAAAGAAAGCUGCCACAGUCCUUCUGGAAGGAGCCAGCUCCCAGCUCCUUGUGUCUGCUCAACACCAGCACACCUGACUUUAGUGACCUGCUUGCCAAUUGGACAUCAGAUGUGGCCCAGGAGCUGCACAGUGUGGGAGGCCGGGAGCUGGGCAGACAUGCCCUGGAGAUGGAUCACUUAGAGGAGGCAUAAGCCACAGUUGUCAGAGCUGCUAUACCCUCCCACAGAGAUGGGACUUGGACGAGAGGCCAGGCUUCCCUCCUGGACCAGGCACUGAAAGAAUCAGGUCCAAUGGCAGGCUGAGCAUGACCCAAACAGGAAGAACCCCUUCCUCUCCGUCUCUUCUUACUAUUAUUAAUGCUUUCA